AUGCCUGUCUUUAGUAGUAGUAAGAAAAAAACUGAUGAAUAUUGUUGUAAAGUAUUUACUAUGGAUGCUGAAUUACAGUUUACUAUUGAGGCAACAGCAAAAGGACAUACAUUGUUUUCUCUUGUUUGUCAAACAAUUGGUCUAAGAGAACAUUGGUAUUUUGGUCUAAAAUUUCUUGAUAAAAUCUCUAAUGAAUGGACAUGGUUACAAAUGAAUAGAACAAUACUUUCUCAACCAAUACAAAUUCAAUCAAAUAUAAUCUCAUCUAAAAGACCUGAAUCACCACAUUCAACAGAGAAUUUUAAACCUCAUCUUCUUCGUUCACCACCAACAUCACCAUCAACAUCAACAUUAAGUCUUCCAUUAUCAUCAGCUAGUAGUGGUCAACAAUCUAUGAAUAUUGUAGAAUUAUAUUUUGUUGUGAAAUUUUAUCCUGAAGAAAUCACUAAUGAACUUAUACAAGAUAUAACUCGACAUCUAUUUUAUCUUCAAGUUAAACAAGAUAUUCUUAAUAUGGAUAUUUAUUGUCCACCUGAUACAGCUGCUCAUCUUGCGUCACUUGCUCUUCAAGCAAAAUUUGGUGAUUAUGAUCAAAUAACUUCAUCAUCAGAACCUUUAAAUUUAGAAAGUGAAGCUUUAUUACCAUUAUCUUGUUUUCAAAAAGUUGAAUUAUCUCGUUCGGAUUGGUUUGAUCGUAUAAUAGCAUUAUGGCGUACACAUACAUCAUUAACACGAGAAGAAUCUGAAAUGGCUUAUUUAAAACAUGCACAAGAUUUAGAUAUGUUUGGUUUAUCAUUUUUUGAAAUAUCUAAAAUGCAAGGUGGAAAUAAAUCAAAUCUAUCAUCACAACAACAACAACAACAACAAUCUGAUCAAUCAUCUAUUGCAGCUGAACUUUGGCUUGGUAUUGAUUCAUUAGGAAUUCGUUUUUAUAAAAAAAAUAAAUUAAGACCAGAAGUUUUCUUUUCAUGGUCGGAUAUUAAAUCAGUUACAGCUCAUGAUAAAAAAGUUAUAUUAAAUAUGACCGGUGAAAAAAAUGCAACAUUUGCAUUUUAUUCUGCUAAAUCAUCUGUAAGCAAAGAGAUACUUGAUUUAGCAACUGGUAAUCAUGAAUUAUAUAUGAGACGUCGACGAGAACAAUCAAUUGAAAUACAACAAAUGAGAUAUUUUGAAGAACAACAACAAAAAGAAAAACAUCGUAUAUUUACACGAGAACGUCAAUUACGUUUACAAGCUGAAAAAGAACGUGAUGAAAUCGAACAUAAAUAUAAUGAAUAUCAACAACAAAUGAAAGAUAUACAUGAUACAUUGCUUAAAUAUCAAGAAGCUGCUGAAUUAUUAGCACGUAAAGCACAUAUAAGUAGUGAAGAAGCUCGAUUACAAGCUGAAAAAGCAUUAGAAAUUGAAUCCCAACUUGAACGAUGUAAAUAUGAAAUUAGUCGAAACGAAGAAGAAAAACGACUUUAUGCUCGACAAAUUAGUGAAUGUGAACAAAUUAUUUCUACAUUAGUAAAUGAUUCCGUAAAAAGUCGUAAAGAAGCAGAAGAAUUAAAAAUUGAAGUUGCAAAAUGGCGUGUAGCUGAAGCAGCUGCACGAGAAAAAUUACUUUCAAUUACACAACUUAAUCAAUCUAUUGCUGUUACAAAUGCUGCAGCACAAGCACAACAAAAUCUCGUACAAUCAUCAUCAUCACCAAGAGCAUUAUCUCCACCACCAUAUCGACCAAUUCUUAGAAAUCAAGACUCAAAUCAAACUGAUGAACGAGCUAUUUUAAUGGAAAAACAAUCUAAACAAGCACAAUUAGCAUUACAAUUAAAAGAUUUAAAAAAUGUUAUACAAUCAAAAAAAAUUGAAGAACGACAAACAUUUUUAGAUAAAGCCUAUGAACAAAAUUUAGCUGUUGGAGAUAAUAAAUAUUCAACUAUACAAAAAGCAAGUUCGGGUACAGCAUCAAAACGUAUGGCUAUGUUACAAGAUUUGUAA